GGAGUAAGUGGGAGGGAAGGAGGAGGGAGGCUGAAAAAGAAGGGGGGGGAGGAGGUGUGGGGAGGUUGGGGGCGAUGCCGGGAGGCGCCGCCAAUGUGAACAGCUCAGUCCGGUGAAGGAGAGCAGAGGAGCUCUGAAGCUGUCCGCCCCCCCGGCUUACAUGUCAGGGGCCACACUGCUUGCGAGGUGCUUUCAGGGAGGAGGAGGAUGACCAUGAACGGCAAGCAGCAUUUCUCCAUGCACCCUGCUCUGCACGAGCCCAAGUACACCGGCCUGCAUUCAGGCUCGGAGGGCAUGCGCAGAGUCUGUCUGCCCGCCCCGCAGCUGCAGGGCAAUAUAUUCGGAGGCUUUGAUGAGAGCCUGCUGGCACGGGCAGAAGCUCUGGCGGCUGCUGACAGCAUUGUCUCUCACGGCAAGAGUCACCCGUUCAAACCAGACGUGACUUACCAUACCAUGAGCAGUGUCCCCUGCACCUCAGCCUCCUCUUCUUCCUCCACCACGGUGCCCAUCUCCCACAUCCCCUCCACCAUCGCGUCCCAUCACCACCACCACCACCAUCACCUGGGACAGACCCUGGAGGCCGGGGACCUCCUGGAGCACCUCUCCACCAGCCUGGCCGUGACCGGGAUGGGUGCUCCGGAACCUCCAGGGAUGACUGCAACGGCGCACCACCACCACCAGCACCCCCACCACCACCUGCAGACCAUGGGGCAGCUGCAUCAGGCGAUGGCCAACAUGGCCCACCCUCACUCCCUGUCAGUGCACGGCGGCAUGGCGUGCAUCAACGACGUGGAGUCGGAUCCCAGGGAGCUGGAAGCCUUCGCCGAGCGGUUCAAGCAGAGGAGGAUCAAGCUCGGAGUGACCCAGGCGGACGUCGGGUCUGCGCUGGCCAACCUCAAGAUCCCCGGAGUGGGGUCACUGAGCCAGAGCACCAUCUGCAGGUUCGAGUCCCUCACGUUGUCCCACAACAACAUGAUCGCGCUGAAGCCGGUUCUCCAGGCCUGGCUGGAGGAGGCGGAGGCUGCGUACCGGGAGAAAAGCAACAAGCCGGACCUUUUCAGCGGCAACGAGAGGAAAAGGAAGCGCACGUCCAUCGCGGCGCCGGAGAAGCGCUCUCUGGAGGCGUACUUUGCCAUCCAGCCGCGGCCGUCCUCGGAGAAAAUUGCGGCCAUCGCAGAAAAGCUGGACCUGAAAAAGAACGUGGUUCGAGUGUGGUUCUGCAACCAGCGGCAGAAACAGAAACGGAUGAAAUACUCUGCGGUGCACUGAGUUUCUCACAUCAUGAAUAAAAUAGCCUACUACAUUUUUGAUCGAGUGAUUAAUAAUAACCUAAGUAGCCUAUAACUCACAGGGAUCUGUCAACAGCUCUAAGCAGCGUCUCUCUCUCUCGUCUGGGAUUAAAAGACUUUGGUCUUUGAAGCUUUUCAUUUUCGUGUCACUCACUCGUUGCACUUUGAUGGAUUUUUGUGAUUUUGAUAUGGGGACUUUAUUAUCAAUGACGAUGUUAAAUAUAUAUAAAAAAAACUGUGAGCAGGUGUUGGUGUUGUUGAGCUCGUAUCUUGCACACACUCAGAACGGAUUUUCAGUAAAUUCACCCUGGCAGUUCGUCACAUUCAGGGAUAUUUCACGUUUUGUUAUUUUUAUUUAAAAGAAAGUCAUAAAUUGAGUUUAUUAUUGUUGGGAUAUACUUCUUAAAGAAUGACAGCGGAGUUGUGGCUUUGUGGAAAAAGAUAGAAUUGGAAUUUGUAUUAUUGUUGGUCGUGGUCAGCGUUGACCUUUCACCUCACAUUAUGCAGAAGCACCCAAGUGUAUUUUCACCUGUUUGUUGUUGUUUUAUUUAAAAAAAAAAGGGAUUAAACAACAAUAUCUCACACUUUUACCAACACCACAAUUUUUUGCAAACGAAUCUACUCUUUUACUAAAUCAUGUGAUUGUGUUUCAUGCACAGCAAAAAAAGAAGAAGCUAUUCUUACACACUCAUUUUCUUUAUCUUUAUUUAAAAUAAUGAAUUAAAAUGACACUGAUACACACCAGUGUGGCUUUUGGCUGCUGCUGCUGCUACAUUUUAACAUUUUAAUGUGAAUAGGUUUUUAUUUAUGUAAGCUAUAUGGAUUUAUAUAGCCCAUGUUAUUUACAGUAUCAUCUAAUUUAAGUGUUUAUUUAUUUAUGGUUGCUCCCCUGCACUCUUGUUUUCACUUGCAAAAAAAAGUGUGUGAAGUAUGAACUAACUAACUAAAUAAAUAAUCGG